ACGUAGUAACACGUGAGCUGCGCAUGCGCGCGGCCGCUGUUGAACGCGUUUGCGUGUUGAUGGCCUGAAGCGAAAAAUCGGUUUGAGGGGCGCUGGGCUUGGGCCUAGUGCCGUCACCCGGGCAACCAGCCCCACAGCCCGCCCGGCGACACCUGAAACACAGCGCUCCCGUGGCGGCCGUCAGCAUGGCGGCUUCGGGGCCAACGAAAAUUACCUGGAAGCUGCAGGAGUUUGUUGCUCAUGCUGGUAAUGUAACGUGUUUGGUGCUGGGGAAGAAUUCAGGCAGACUGUUGGCAACUGGUGGAGAGGACUGUCGGGUGAAUUUGUGGUCAGUCAGUAAACCUAACUGUAUUAUGAGUCUUACAGGUCACAACACACCAGUUGAGUGUAUUCAGUUUAAAGAUUCUGAGGAGUUGGUUGUUGCAGGCUCACAAUCUGGGUCGCUAAGAAUAUGGGAUUUGGAAGCAGCAAAGAUUCUUCGGACACUGUCGGGACACAAAGCCAACAUCUGCAGUUUAGACUUCCAUCCUUUUGGGGAGUUUGUGGCCUCUGGCUCUAUGGACACCAAUGUAAAGUUGUGGGACAUUCGAAGAAAAGGUUGCGUAAUGACCUACAAGGGUCACACAAAUGCUGUGCGUUGUUUAAGAUUCAGUCCUGAUGGCCGGUGGAUUGCUGCUGCUGGGGAUGAUAGCACAGUCAAGCUGUGGGAUUUGUCAGCGGCAAAAAUUCUAACAGAGUUCACAGAUCACACUGGACCUGUAAACAUUGUAGAGUUCCAUCCCAAUGAGUAUCUGCUGGCUUCAGGAAGCUCUGACAGAACGAUAAAGUUUUGGGAUCUUGAAAAGUUUAAGAUGGUGAGCUGCACGGAAGUCGAGAGCACUCCUGUCAGGUGCAUCUUAUUCAACCCAGAUGGGUGCUGUCUCUAUAGUGGUUCUCAGGAUUCUUUGCAUGUUUAUGGCUGGGAACCUCCCCGCUGUUUUGAUGUACUGCCAGUUAACUGGGGUAGAGCCGCAGACCUUGCCAUCUGUUCCAAUCAAUUGAUUGGAGCUUCAUUCAGUCAGGUGACUGUCUCGACAUUUGUAGUGGAUCUGAAUCGUGUGAAGAAGACUGGUUCUAUUGUCCAAGGUGUAGUUGAAGAUGAAAAGCUGUACAAUUUACCAGUGACAAAAGGAGCUGUGCUCAGACGCAACUACGAGAGGCCACUGACUGCCUGCAGUAGGCCACAAAGUAAAGUGAAGGAGGAGCCAGAAAGUGAAGGGCGCAUUCCAAGUGGGGAAGAGGAUAAGGAUGACAAAGAAUCUACAGCAGAAAUUCGAAACCCAGAAGAAUACAAGGAGAUCUUCCAACCACAAAAUGCCAUUGCACGGACUCCACCUCGGAGGACUGAUCCCUUUCCUGCUCCCCCAGAAGAUGAUACUGUUGCAGUGAAGGAAGCUGAGAAAGUGACUGCUCCAACAGAGAUGCAUUCUCCUGUUGUGAAAAGGAUGCAGGCAGACCGGCUGAAUUUUCCUCCAACAGCAGCUUCCACUCCUGUCAAUCAGCCUGAAGCACCAAUAAUCCCAAUUGCUAAAAAUGAGCCCAUUGGAUUGAAGGUGGCAGACUUUCUCCCACCUCAGAAUAAUAAACUGGCUGAUUUGAGUGAUGAAGAUGCUGUGAGCCAAAUCCGGAAAGGACAUGACACGAUGUGCGUGGUAUUAACGAGUCGAUUCAAGAAUCUAGACACAGUGAGAGCUGUGUGGACCACUGGCGAUGUCAAGACCUCCAUAGACUCAGCAGUUACCAUGAAUGACUUGGCAGUUAUUGUGGACAUCCUGAACAUUAUAAAUCUCAAACCAGCCUUGUGGAAACUUGACUUGUGCCCUUCAAUUAUUCCUCAGAUUGACAAACUGUUGCAGAGCAAAUAUGAGAGCUAUGUGCAGACUGGUUAUACUUCCCUUAAGUUGAUCCUGCAGCGAUUUGGACCCUUAAUGGCAGACAAUCUAGUGACACCACCCUCUAUCGGGGUUGACAUAACACGUGAGGAAAGGCACCAGAAAUGUAAGCUCUGUUACAAGCAGUUAAAAAACCUGCUGCCGAUUCUUCAGAGUAAAGCAGGAUUGCCUGGCCGUCAAGGCAGCGCUUUUCGUGAACUACAACUUCUGAUGGCAGCUUUCGAAUGACCAGGUUCUCUGACGAAUUGACAUCCUGUUGCAAUUGCUGCCAACAAAUGAUCCAAAGUCCAAGUUCUCUCCAAAUGGAUUGCAUUUAAGUUUUCUGAAGUUUAGACUUUUGAACAUGAAUUGGCCAUGGUGCGCCUUGAACAUUUUUGUUGUAAUGCUGUAGAAAUUAGUUCUUCCCCCUCAGUAUUUAUGACAAGAGCAAAGGAAAUUGAUUCCUUCAAAUUAUCUGCCUGUUAAUCAACAAUGUGUCAGGAAUACAGAUUCUAGUGACAUGUUUUGCAUGGUUAACAUGUUGACUUGUUACGAAGUAAGUAUCUUUGUUUUCCGUUUAUACACAAAUUGAAUUUCACUCCAACCUCACUGACUCUACUUUGUGUUUCUGAGGCAGUACUGACUACUACAAAGUUGUGUCUGUGGCCUUUGGUCUGCAGCUAAAUGGUGAGAUCCAUUGACAGUAUAAGCAGUAACUUGUUACCUGGGUGUUUACCAUGUGCCUUUUGGUUUAAAUAUGAUCAGGACACCUUGGGUUCCCAUUAUGUGGGAUUUAUUUCUUAGAGCUUGCAGCAGGUAUGAAACAGGAUCUACUGUUAAGACCUUAUUUGCUCUGUGUUGUAAUCGAUCACUAUAAUAACUGAUCUUGUAUUGAAGUUACUUUGUAAGUGCUAUGAACUGUCCAUUGGUAAUUUCAACCUGCUGAAUCAGUACAGGCAAACAGUCACAGCUGGAAUUGUGGGACAGUCAAGAGUAACUUGUUCUUGCUGUUAGCUUUACUUGUUAAGGAUUGCUCAUUUUUAAUUUUACUUCAGCUUUUAAAAAAAAUUCCCACCUCAAGUGGUGAUUCUUGUGCUUUUUAACUAAACAAGGUCUGGAGGUGAAAUUUUUUUGUGGGGGGGGGGGCGGGGGGGAAGGAAGGAGUGGUAGCGUACACAGGCUCUUGAACAGGUAUACUGCAACAAACUACCUUGGUGGCCACCUUAUGAGCCCAACUGUAUAAGAGAAUGUGUCUCCUGGAUAUUCAUUCAAUAACUCACCAGUUAUUGGUACUUUUUUUUGCAAGUGCAAUGCAAGAUCAGUUGAUUUUACUCUGUCCUCCUUGAGAAUAGUAUUGCACUAAACAAGUGGUAUACUUCAUAUUCCGGGUCUGGAGACAGUCGUUAUUUAACGCCCAGUCUUAUCAAAUUCUAUUUAAAGUUCAGGUUGUGCAUCAGUGUCCGUGCUAUGUAUAGAUGCUGUUAUUUUCUAUGUACAUUUUUAAAAAUUACUUCAAUUAAAAAAAGAAGUGAUUUGA